GGAGGCAUCGUGUCUGCAGUCUGAGCUGAGGAGUUGAGGGAGCACGACUGACCUGCCCCCUUGCCUUUGUUGCAAGGGGGAGGAGCCCUGAGCUUUGAAACUGGACAAGCUCUCAGGAGGUCCCUUUGACUUUUAGUCACCAGCUGCAGCAGUUGCUCCAUGCCUCAAUUUCUUCAUCUGCACUUGGGCCUAAUAACAGUACCUCUCUCGUGGUGGGUGUCUGGAUUAAGUGCUACGUUGCAAGAAGAAGACUAAACCCGAAGCCAGGCCUGUGGCUAGGCCAGAGAGCCAGCUCCCUUCUCUAAAGAAGGGAUCAGAGGACCCUGCACUUGCCAAUGGGCAGCCAUCCGUGGGAGCGAGCGGACUGAACUUUGCCCUCUCUGAGGUGGAAAGUAGGGUGAGACGGUGCCAAAGGACAAAGUAGACAAAGCCCAUUUCUGUCUCCCAGGAUCCCCUUGAUGGAAGAGAAGAGGCGAAAAUACUCCAUCAGCAGCGAUAACUCUGAUACCACUGACAGUCACGCUACAUCUGCAUCAAGAUGCUCCAAGUUGCCCAGCAGCACCAAAUCCGGCUGGCCCCGGCAGAACGAAAAGAAACCAUCAGAGGUUUUCCGGACAGACCUGAUCACAGCCAUGAAGAUCCCAGACUCCUACCAGCUCAGCCCGGAUGACUACUAUAUCCUGGCAGACCCGUGGCGACAGGAAUGGGAGAAAGGCGUGCAGGUGCCCGCUGGGGCAGAGGCCAUUCCAGAGCCUGUGGUCAGGAUUCUGCCCCCCUUGGAAGGCCCCCCUUCCCAGGUGUCCCCUAGCAGCUCUGAACUUGGUGAGGGCUCGCAGCCUGACUGGCCAGGGGGCAGCCGCUAUGACCUGGACGAGAUCGACGCCUACUGGCUGGAACUCAUCAACUCGGAGCUCAAGGAGAUGGAGAGGCCAGAGCUGGACGAGCUGACGCUCGAGCGCGUGCUGGAGGAGCUGGAGACGCUGUGCCACCAGAACAUGGCACGGGCCAUCGAGACGCAGGAGGGGCUGGGCAUCGAGUAUGACGAGGAUGUCGUCUGUGACGUGUGCCGCUCUCCCGAGGGCGAAGAUGGCAACGAGAUGGUCUUCUGCGACAAGUGCAACGUCUGCGUGCACCAGGCAUGCUACGGGAUCCUCAAGGUGCCCACGGGCAGCUGGCUGUGCCGGACGUGUGCCCUGGGUGUCCAGCCGAAGUGCCUGCUCUGCCCCAAGCGAGGAGGAGCCUUGAAGCCCACUAGAAGCGGGACCAAGUGGGUGCAUGUCAGCUGCGCUCUCUGGAUUCCUGAGGUCAGCAUCGGAUGCCCUGAGAAGAUGGAGCCCAUCACCAAGAUCUCCCACAUCCCGGCCAGCCGCUGGGCUCUGUCCUGCAGCCUCUGCAAGGAGUGCACAGGCACCUGCAUCCAGUGUUCCAUGCCUUCCUGCGUCACGGCAUUCCACGUCACCUGCGCCUUUGACCACAGCCUGGAAAUGAGGACUAUAUUAGCGGACAACGACGAGGUCAAGUUCAAGUCCUUCUGCCAGGAGCACAGUGACGGGGGCUCACGGGGUGAAAUGCCGUCUGAGCCUGCGGAGCCCAGCCAAGCCGGCGAGGACCUGGAGAAGGUGACCCUGCGUAAGCAGCGGCUGCAGCAGCUGGAAGAAGAUUUCUACGAGCUGGUGGAGCCGGCCGAGGUGGCCGAGCGCCUGGACCUGGCCGAGGCACUGGUUGACUUCAUCUACCAGUACUGGAAGCUGAAGAGGAAAGCCAACGCCAACCAGCCGCUGCUGACGCCCAAGACAGACGAGGUGGACAACCUGGCCCAGCAGGAGCAGGACGUCCUGUACCGCCGCCUGAAGCUCUUCACACACCUGCGGCAGGACCUGGAGAGAGUUAGAAAUCUGUGCUACAUGGUGACAAGGCGCGAGAGAACGAAACACGCCAUCUGCAAGCUCCAGGAGCAGAUAUUCCACCUGCAGAUGAAACUUAUCGAACAGGAUCUGUGUCGAGAGCGGUCUGGGAGGAGAGCAAAGGGCAAGAAGAGCGACUCGAAAAGGAAGGCCCGCGAGGGCCCGAAGGGCAGCCCCGAGAAGAAAGAGAGAGCGAAGGCAGGGCCCGACUCAGUCCUGGGGCAGCUUGGCCUGUCCACCUCAUUCCCCAUCGACGGCACCUUCUUCAACAGCUGGCUGGCACAGUCCGUGCAGAUCACAGCCGAGAACAUGGCCAUGAGCGAGUGGUCGCUGAACAAUGGGCACCGCGAGGACCCCGCUCCCGGGCUGCUGUCGGAAGAGCUGCUGCAGGACGAGGAGACGCUGCUGAGCUUCAUGCGGGACCCUUCACUGCGGCCCGGUGACCCCGCCAGGAAGGCCCGCGGCCGCGCCCGCCUGCCUACCAAGAAGAAACUGCCACAGGACGGGCCCGGGUCACGGACGACUCCAGACAAGCCCCCCAAGAAGCCCUGGGGCCAGGACCCUGGCAGCGGCAAGGGGGGUCAGGGGCCACCUGCCAGGAAGCCACCACGGCGAACACCUUCUCACCUGCCAUCCAGCCCUACGGCCGGAGACUGUCCCAUCCCAGCAGCUCCCGAGAGACCCCCACCGCUGGCCCCCGAGACCCCGGACGAGGCCACCCCAACAGCUCCCGACGCGAACGUCCAAGUGCCUGGCCCUACGGCGAGCCCCAAACCCCCGGGCCGGCUCCGGCCACCCCGCGAGAGCAAGGGAACCCGGAGGUCACCGGGUGCCAGGCCUGAUGCCGGGACAGGACCGCCUUCUGCUGUGGCCGAGAGGCCAAAGGUCAGCCUCCACUUUGACACGGAGACUGACGGCUACUUCUCCGAUGGGGAGCUGAGCGACUCAGACGUGGAGGCCGAGGACAGCGAGGUGCAGCGGGCUCCCCGGGAAGCAGGGGCUGAGGAGGUGGUCCGCAUGGGGGUGCUGGCCUCCUAAGUCGCCCCUACCCCUGUCCUGGGCCCUGCCCUGGUCCCCCCACGAGGCCUCAGCCCAGUCACAACUGCCAUUUCCAAUCUCUGCUGAGCGUCUCAGACCCUCGAGGCUGCCACGCUGCUGUGGUUUUGUUUUUAACAUAGGGAGAGUUUCGAAGUCCACACUAUUGUCUUUCCUCUGUGCUGGCCUAGGACAUUAGGAUUCCUUCCCCGGCUCUGGCCACAAGGACCACACCAGGUCCCGUGCCCCGUCCCCGCCGCGGCCGCGUCCCUACCCGGGCCGCGCGGCCCUGCUGGGCGGGCUUCUGGCUACGCGUAGACAAGGUGACGAAGCGCUCAGGACUCCCGCCCGCUGCCACUGGGUGACACAGACUGUCGUUUGGGCAUUAUUUCCUGGCAGAUGGGCCAGCCCAGGGCCUGCCCCGCCUCGCCCCCUCACCCCCCUGGGGUCCAUUUGGGGGGUCCUGCUGCAUUCCACCGAUCCCCAAGGAAGUUUAAUAAGUGAUACCCAGCCAGAGUCUCCUCACUGUCACAAGCACAACGAGCUUACACGAGAAAGCACUGAGGGGCGCAGAGGGCCCGCUGGUUCCAAGGGAACCGUAGCCGUUCUGAUCAACCCACAUCAUCUGAGGCCUGCCUGCCCACCCCGUCACCCUCCACUCCCUUGCUGCUCUGCCCCUGCCAGUGCCCAGCCUCGCGGCUCUGGGAAGGGCUUCUGAGCAUCCUUCCUGAGCUGUGCCGUUUUCUCAGGGGACUCCCAGACGGCCAGCCGCCACUGCCGGCGGAGGGCCGCGGCGGGGGGGGGGGGGGGCGCCAGUGCCCAGACGGGGCGGGGGGGGGGGGGUCGUGGGGCUCGGAACCCCCACUGCGGAGAAUGGCUCGGGGCCACCAACUUCCUUCCUUCCUUGGGGCCAGUCUCGGCCGCGGUCCACUCCCUCCCAGACAGCCGACCGGACCAGGCCAUUUGCCUUUUCAAGUUUCCCAGUCCUGCUAAGAGAUGAGCUGCUUCCUCAGUUCCUUUUGGAAACUCCUCCUUCCAAGCAGUGGGAUCCCGGGGCCUGGAGGGUUGGUGAGGCCCUGCUCGGGCCGUUUUAAGUCUUGCUGGAUCUUCCUGGUUCCUCCUCCUCCCCCACCCCCACCCCCACCCGAGCCUUAACCCGUUCUGGCCCGUGCCCUCCUCCCCAGCAUCCCCUCCUGCCUUCCCCGCCCCACCCUCUAGGUCCCAGGUAGUAGCGCUGAAACGUUUCAUUGGAGUGGCCCCAGGGUGAUAGCUCAGGGAACAAACAAAAAAAGGAAUUCCGUGAAAACUUGUUCUUUUUCUUUUAUGAAUUACUCCUGGGUCACUUCUGCCACUGGUAAAGCCGGGACUUCUCCAACAAGAACCUUGCAAAAGUCCAGUGAACCAGUCGAAUCAUUCUGUGGAUGCCAAAGAAUAUUCUGAUCAUAACACAGCACAGCCUGGACCUGACACCUUCACUCGGCCCCUUUUUUAACGGGCGUUCUUUAGCACCCGGGUCUGGAAACACAUUCAUUGCACACGCCCACGGAGGUGAGCCCGGCUCUUGGACGCGGAUGCUGUUGUGCUGCUCAGCUGUCGGAUCCGGGAACCUGGGUCUCGCUCGGGUCCUGGGCUGGGCCCACUGUGCGCUCUCCGAAACGCCGAGACUCACCUCGGGGAGGAGACCGACGGCGCGACCAGCGUGGCAGAAGUCUUUCCAUGGGGUCCCCCCAACGCAACACACAAAGCGCAAAUGAGCGGGACGGGGAGCACCUUGACCGCCCCGUCCCCCGACUCCAGACUUUCAAGGUACGACAGUGGCGUGGUCAGCGACACUCCAGUUUCAUGUGAAUUUUAUCAAAACAGGAAACAAAGAUACUGACUAAGUGGAAAGGGUUGGACAAAAUCGUGCAUUCGGAGCAGACUCGGGGUGGGCGUCGAGGACUCUGGGCGCUGGGAUGGCCUGAGCUGCCACGUAGAGGUUCGUCUGCCUGCCCACCUUGGUAGCAGUGGCCAGUGCAUGGUCAGCAGCAGCGUCCCAACCCCCUUCUCUGUUUACUGCCUUUGAACAGACCACCUUCCCUCCCCGUGCUUUGGGUCACCUCGGGUCACAACCUUGUCUGCCGGAUGGCCCAGUCGGACCUCACAGGAAGCAAAGGGAUGAGCUUUAAAGAACAACCAAACUCUGCCAGGGGUCAUGGGUGCCAGGAAUGGCUCAAGUCCAGUAGGCUCGGCCCUUGCCCCCUAACCCCUCAUCCAUCCUGAAGCAGGGUCUGGGCUUCCUGGGGCGGAGGUGCGGAGAGAGCCAGUGUGGGAGGGUAGUGGGUCUGGCCAGGCGGCCACCGCUCUUGCGGGGCCCCCCGCUCAAGGUGGCCUCUGGAGUCCAACCCUUUUCUGAGCUGGCUCUCGCUUUGGACUGAACUCUCCGUGGAGCCCAUGUCCUGCAUGGAACCCAGGUGUCUGUAAGGCUGGCUGUCGGGGGACUCCCGGGCCAGGCCUUAGAGCUGUCCCUGCCAGGCAGCUGUCCCCCUCCAGGAUGUCUGCCAGGCUGCAGAGAGGCCAGCUCCCACGGCUGGCCUUUCAGCCGGUUGCCUCGGCUCCUUUGCUCUUUUUUCCUGCCUACCAGCCACCGUGUAGGCGGCUCUGCGGCCUCAGAGGUUAGGGUGGGAAGCUGGGAAGAAGGCAGAAGGCCUUUUCCAGAGCAGAGGCUGAGAGGCAGGUCUCUCACUGCCCACAUCUACCCACACUCGCUGGCCCUCCUCAGGGAGGGGGCGCUGCCGUGGACUUCUCCCGGCUGCGACUGCCCUUCUCCCAGCCCCCCGCCCGCCCCCCCUCCCCUCGUCCCAGUGAGAACGGAUAACGUGCAAGGAAAGUAUUUUUAUGGGUCAUAAAAGUAUUUUAGAACAGGGAAGGAGAAGAAAGGUAGCGGGUUUAUUUUCUUACGUGAGCUCUGCCUUGGCGACAGUGUGUGAGCCUUUGCAGUGUAAAGGUCUCAGCUUCCUUGCGAAAGCCACCCAGGUUUCCAAACGUGGGUGUGUGCCAGGGCACGUCUCGCGUGGCCCUGUGCAUGCGUGUCUGUGUGUGUCGUGUACGGCACGCUGUGGGCCUUGCCGGGACGAUUCCUGGAGAUUCGAGGGCCCGGUUCUAACAGACAGUGGCAGCAGCUGGACGUGGCAUUUCCUUGCUCACUGCCAGACAGGGCCAGCCUCUGCCCAUCCUCGAAGCUCUGCAGAAUGGUCUGGAUGCCUUUAGCCAGACCCCUGGCCCAGCUGGCCACAUUGGCCAAAGAGCCGGGGCUGGAGUCCGGAACCUAUGGUUGUUCUUUAAGGCACUUCCUUCCGCCUUGUCUCAGAGGCCUGACACCCUGUGCUCCGCAGGGGCUCGGGGGUGGGCGGGGAGGGGGGGUGAUAUGAAUGUCACAGGAGGAGACACCUUCUGUCUUUGUUUCAAAGAAAGUGAUGUGCCAUUUGUUAAUAUACAAGAGAAAUACUGAAAAUAUAUUGAAAAGAGCAAUUUUAAAUUAUUUUUGGCUUAUGUUGCAAUAUUUAUUUUCUUGUAUUAGAAAAGAUUCCUUUGUAGAGAAAAAUGUAUUUUUCAUUAACGCAAAGACCUAUUUCUCCUUUUUGUACAUUGUCCAUGUUCGCUGCCCUAAUGAGCAAUAGAAUGUAUGGCCGCCUUGGGGCAGCCGGUACCACGUGCCCUGCAUGAUUCUGUGUUGCCGCUGCUGCGUAGCUCCCAGUCCCAUCCUUGUCCUGCUCACUCAUGGGGGUUUCCAGAGCCCAGCCCCUGCCAGGGCCUGUGUCUUCAGGACCCCUCUGCACUCCUCGUGUGUUGGCAAACGCAGUUAAUAAAGCAAUGUUUUCUGUG